UACAACAAAAUUAUUAAAUCUCUGACAAACACAUUUUCUGUAUAAAUAAUGGAUAAAUCAGAAUAAAUACUUACUAAAUUGCCAGCUUGCCUCCUUUUCCAGACUUCUAAGAUGCAGUAAAAAUACUUGAAACAUGAAGCAUUCCAAUUUUUGGUCUAUCUGCACAAUAUUUCAAGAGUUUGCUGAGCCAUUUCAUGGAAAACUGACUCUUAAAUCAUCACCAUGUAUGUAGUAGGAAAAAAAUGUGAUUACUUACCACUCUUCCUGAAUAACACAGAUAUCACAAUUUGUUUUCCUCCUGAAUACUGAUGAAAAAUUAUAUGUUAUAUAGUACAUAAAGGCAUCACUGUUUUUAAAAUGUAUUAAAAACUAAAAUACUGAUAAAUUAAAUCAACCAGUCAAACAGCAUCAAGUCACCUCAUGUUAUUUUUCCUUUUAUAAAUAAGAUGAUGUAAUAUUUAUGCAACCUAAUAAUGACCUGUUUUGGUUGAGAGCAUCUCUGAUCCAUAAUGCUGUUUUGGUGCAUCACUGCUAAAAUGGGCUAUUUUCCUCCUGAUAGCACUAUUUUUGUCCCUUGAAGAAAAUGUAUCAUCAUGACGCAAAACAGGCCUUUUAAAAAAAACAAACGCACGUGCUGUGCUUGCGCAACUCAUCUCCAUAAAGCCUUCAGAUGACAGGGUAUUUAAACCUGUCCGCGGCGCUGAUGAUGGCACACACACUGGGGGCUCCUGUGACUCUGAAGCCUGACUGGUCCAGCAAAUCCCACAUAGAUGAAGACUGACAGCGUGGUGCAGACUGCGCCGUUUAGCGGGAGGAAGCAGAGUCUGAUCGAGGAUGCUCGCAGGGAGCGCAGCAGCGGCUCCUCGGGCUCCCCGGGGCCCUCCAGGUACGGAGACAGCUUCGUGUUUGAGGAGAAGGACGGCAGGGUCACCCUGAACGUCCUGUUCGCCCUCAGCAAUGAGAAGAACGCAGGAUUCUUCAAAACGGGGAAAAUAUUUGAGACAUUUGAAGCUAAACUUCUCCACAUUGAAAGUCGACCAGGGAGGAAGUCAAAGAACAGCACAACAGACCUGGAGUUCUUCAUGAAGUGUGAAGUUCACAGCUCUGACCUGGAUGUUUUCAUCAACUCACUGAAAAGAGUGGUCGAUGACGUUCGCUCCAUCCCAGAGGAAAAAGUUCCCUGGUUUCCCCGACAGAUAAAAGACCUCGACAGAUGCAACCUGUUAAUAACCAAAUUUGAUCCGGAUAUGGACCAGGAACAUCCGGGCUACAGCGACCUAGAAUACAGAAAAAGACGUGCUUUCAUUUCUGAGCUUGCCUUCAGAUACAAACAGGGGGACUCGUUGCCCAUUGUGGAGUAUACAGCAGAAGAAAUAUCCACAUGGAGGGAGGUUUACCAGAAGCUGCGGAGUAUCUAUCCCAGUCUGGCCUGUCGGCAGUUCCUGGACGGUCUGCAACAGCUGGAGAGAGAGUGUGGCUAUGGAGAGGACCGCAUCCCUCAGCUCAGAGAGGUUUCCGCCUUCCUCAAAGAGAAAACAGGCUUCCUGUUGCGUCCAGUAGCCGGCCUGCUGUCAGCCAGAGAUUUCCUCGCCAGUUUGGCCUUCAGGGUGUUUCAGUGCACGCAGUACAUCCGUCACCCCUCUGCACCCAUGCAUUCCCCUGAGCCAGACUGCUGUCAUGAACUGCUCGGCCAUAUUCCCAUGCUGGCAGAUAAAGAAUUUGCCCAGUUUUCCCAGGAGAUUGGACUUGCCUCGCUUGGAGCAUCAGAUGAAGACAUUGAGAAACUGUCAACGUUAUACUGGUUUACUGUGGAGUUUGGCCUCUGUAAGCAGAAUGGAACGGUGAAAGCUUACGGCGCUGGACUCCUGUCAUCCUACGGCGAGCUCAUCUACGCCCUGUCUAAUGAGCCGGAGUACAAAUCGUUCAACCCAGAGGAGACGGCAGUCCAGCCAUACCAGGACCAGACCUACCAGCCUGUUUACUUUGUGUCUGAAAGCUUUGAGGAUGCAAAGAUUAAGCUGAGGAGGUACUCUGCAACCAUCAAGCGUCCUUUUGCGGUGCGCUACGACCCCUUUACCUGCAGCAUGGAGGUUCUGGAUCAGCCCAGUAAGAUCCAAAACGCUCUGAGCCAGAUGAGAGAGGACCUGAAGACCCUGCACAGCGCCUUGGAGAAGCUCAGCUCAUCUUAAGGUCAUAAACAGACAUUCUGCAGAGAAGUCAGGCCGAUAGAAACACUUGCAAGCACAAGGUUGCACGACUGAUACAUGUACAUGAGAUGCACUAUAAAUGAAUAAAACAUGACAAGCAGAAAAUCACAACGUAGACAGGUUUGUGAGG